AUGCGCGAUCCCACCUCGCUGCUACUCGAUAAGACGUUACAAAGAGCUUCAAGUGUAACUCUUGGUCACUCCACCCCACCCAUCUCACAUCUUCAUAAGGAUGACGACGAUACCGUUUUCGGAGGUGAUGAAGAAUACUUUGCCACUUUUCCAUUCAGCUCAUUCACUGUUCAGGCAGACAGUCACACUAAAGCCCCUGUCACUCAAGGGCAAUUAAAAGAAAUCAAAGAAAAGCUAAAUUCACUACUUGAGGCUUCUAAAGCUUCCUACAGUGAAGUUUAUUCUAAAGCAGCAGUUAAAUUCAUUUUCCAGGCCAUAACGAAGAAGCACAAUGUGAAUCACAAAAAGUUGAAUAAAGCAGUUACUGGUUCUGCUGUUAUGUGCAAGGAUUCGACCGAAAAAGUCGAUAAACUAAUUAAUGAUGCUCAGACUUUUAUACUAAAAUUCCAAACUUCCUUCAAGACCAAUAUUUCAAAGGCGAAUGCAAUUAUUGCAAAUCUUGGAUCCUCUCUCAAAACCGAGAAGGAAGCUCUUGAGAAGGUUCGCACUGGCCUUCAAAAGGAUAAGUCUAAUUUCCAAGCCACAAUCUCUUCGCAGAUUGAAAAGUUACAUGUCAAAUUGGCUAUGUAG